AUGGUGUUCUACUUCAAGGCGCGGCCCGACGCCGGUGACUACACCAUCUUCAUGGGGCUCGACAAGCAUGAGAACGAGGACCUCAUCAAGUACGGCUUCCCCGAGGACAUCUGGUUCCAUGUAGAUAAGAUGUCCUCUGCUCAUGUAUAUGUGAGACUGAAUAAAGGUCAAACAAUGGAUGACAUAAGUGAAGGUUUGCUGGAAGAUUGUGCCCAGCUUGUUAAAGCGAACUCCAUUCAAGGUAAUAAGGUGAAUAAUGUUGAUGUGGUUUAUACACCAUGGUACAAUCUGAAGAAGACACCAUCCAUGGAUGUGGGUCAAGUUGGCUUUCACAACUCUAAAUUGGUUCGGACUGUUCAAGUAGAAAAGCGAAGCAAUGAGGUUGUCAAUCGGUUGAACAAGACAAAGGUGGAGAGGACGCCUGACUUAAAGGCUGAAAGAGAAGCUGUGAGUGCUGCCGAAAAGGCUGAAAGAAAGUUGCAGCUUAGAGACAAAAAACGUAAAGAAGAGAUGGAGAGGCUCGAGAAGGAGAAGCAGGCUGAAAUAAGGAGUUACAAGGGCCUGAUGGUCCAAGACAAGAUGACUUCGAACAAGCAGGUCGCGUCUGGUAGCAAGACCCUUCAGGAACUAGAGGAGGACUUCAUGUGA